AUGUGGAGACGACAUAAAUGUAAUCUGCUUACAUCAAGUCACUACCUGCUACAACAGGUUGGCAGUAGAUAUCAGUGGUAAGUUUUGAAAUUUACUCGUUUACUUCUAACAACAGGAGACUUAUAUGCAUGUUUUGUGCAUGAAUCAACAUCAGGAAAACGUAAUUUUUUGAAUGGAAAAUAGAUAGCUCCUGAAAUACAUGCAGGUUAUAAAAUUAAUGUUCAGGCUCUACAAACGGCUCUCCAUAUAUUAAUGCUAGAGGGAUAACACUGCUAGGCUAGAAUCUAUGUGCAAUUGCAUUGUACAAUAUUAACUGCAAUAUUCCAUUAAAUAAUUUUUGAUCAGGGGUGCAAGGAAUCUCUGUUGUCAAAGUACUAUAAUUAUGAUAGUGUUGAAGUUUAUGUAUACAAACAGAAAUAGAUUUGAUACAUCUUUUAUGAAGGUUAUUGUUUUAUGCACCCGUCAAUCCCAUAUGUUCAGGAAGUACUGUUUCCCCAAAUUUUAAAGUGGAAAAAUAAAUUUCAAGCUUUUUGGAAGAGCCAUUGGCGGGCAGCCCGUGAGGAAUAACACGACAUGGUAUGAAUGGUAUACCUUCCUGAAUGGCCAUCCAAAGAUGAUGGUUUCCUUCAGUGAUAUAGGCUCUUCCAGUUGUAAGAUCACAUGGUAUAAUUAUUGGUUCUUGAAAACCAUUUUUCAAAAUGAAACGUCUUACUUGUUCAAGAUGAUCGUGGUUAUUGCCAGCUUUUGGCAUGAGAGAUCUUUCAAAUUCCCUAUAUUCCCAAAGAUCUUGUGUUUUGACCAUUUGAAAUUCAUGCGAAUAAUAAUAUUAAUAAUGUAAUAUUGUUUUGCUUUUUUUGCUUUGAGCAACCACUUUGUGUAGAUUUUUUUGCUCUGGCUAUGAGUUCAUCACGUGAAAGAGUACUUAGUUUAGUGUGUGAAUCAUAGGCUGUUUUAGACUCAAAUGAUUCAGAUGAAGGAUUUGUUUUCCAACAAAAGCAAGAUCGUAAAAUAUCUUGACAUUUGUGGCAUCUGGUUUUUGAAUGGACAGGUAGUUUGUAGGUGCAAUUUAAGCUCCAAAAGCACUUGACAAUCUCUCCAUCUACAUUUGCUCCUUUUUCAUCCACAAAGUAUAAAUUUGCUUCCCUUUUUCUUUCAGCCAUAUCAACAAGGGCUGGAUCAUAUAUACCUGAACAAACCGGUAAGUUUUCAAUAGUUUUAAGCAUGACACCCAAACCAGAGUUUAAUAUGUUUUCUUGAAAAAUAUUGUGUGGGAGUUCCUCAUGGUCAAUUUUGUUACCCAAGAAUUCUACUGUAAAUGGACUAAAAUCCUUUGAAGGAAAUGUUUUUAUUUCGGAAGGAAGAAAAAGGGUUAACUUCUUCCACUUCGUUAUUACACCACCUUUUCCGAUAUUUGGAACAGAAAACGUAACCUUCAUGGUAUUACCUGUAGUGUGCUGAGUAAAUGACACUGUCCAUGGAAAAAUACGUGAAAUAACUGUUUGAAAAACUGUAUAAACUGGCAGAGGUGAUGACUGUACUUCACUGUCAUUUCCUGCAUCUACUGGUUCUUUUGGAGCAGUUUGUGUCAUUAUUUCAUUCAACACAUCUGUAAAAAUGCCUGCUUUACAGUUUAAAGCAUCAGACACAGCAAAUCCAAGACCAUUUUUUCUGAUAGCACAGUGGCUUGUCCUUUAGUUGGAUUAAUAGUUGUUUCUUCAAAAAACUCAUGCUUGUUGCUGUCAUUAUCUGUCGUUUUUGUGGAAAUUGAACAACCUUGUUUUUGGUGGAAGAUGUUUUGAGCUUCUUUGUACUCGUGCUCUAUUUUAAUGGAUUUUAAAUAGAAAGGCUGACAUGACAUGCAUAUGUAGUCUGGAAAAGUUCCAUCACAAGGAUCUACACUAUACAAGUCAUUAUGUAAAUCAGUCUUAUUGCCAGUUCUUUCAUCCAAAAAAUUGCAUCCCACUGAAAACGUAUUUUUAAAAAUAUUUAUGUGGUGUUUCUUGCAGGGAACAUCACUACUCGGGCAAACCUUGUUGCCACAUUGUGAACAAGUCACUAUACAUGGUGUAACUUUCAGGAUGCCCAGCUGGGCAUCGCUGCGUGAUCUAGUGGAGCUUUUCCCCCUAGGAGGCUUAUGCCCUCUUGCUGAUAAACUGCCGUAA